CCUGCCGGAGUUCGCGCGGGUCGCACGGCGCUGGGUCACGUCGCGUCGCCUCGAAGCUCCUCUCGGCAUCGCCCGGAUCACCCCUCCCCCCCCCCACCACAGCAUCGCCCGGACCACCCCUCCCCUCCACCACAGCAUCGCCCCUCCCCUCCCCCCCUCCCCCACCACAGCAUCGCCCCCCCCCUACGUGAAGAUGGCGCUCCUGGCCAACAAGAAGGGCGAGGCGCGGCUGACCAUCUCCAGGUGCUGCUGCCUCUCGCUCAAGACCACGGCGCUCAUCGUUGUCGCCACGGAGACGCUUUUUAUACUUAUGUGUAUCGUCUUCAUGGCUAUCGCAAAGGCUAUGAUGCCAGGCUUUCCACUAAUUCUGUCGCACUUCGUUGUUUUGGAACUCGAGCUGCUCAUCCAGCUGAUCAUGUCCUGCGUCCUGCUCUAUGGGAUUCUGAAGAAGCGUCGGGAGCUGGUGAGGGCGUGGGUGUGGGUGCGGGGCGUGUGCUUCCUCACCGAGUUCCUCAUGGGCACACUGUCCAUCCUCAUCAUCCAGCUGUGGAAUGUCGGCCUCGUCCUGCUGCUUCUGUCCCUCAUCGCCUUCGGGAACAUGUUACUCAUCCGCUCCUUCGGAUUCCACAUGCAACAGCGCGAGUCGGGGGGUGAGUCGGAGGUCGUGAGUGUGGAGGACCUGGUUAAGGCAAAUCCUGACUCGAAGUGAAGGAAUUUUUAUCAUGUAUGUCUGUAUUUAAUCCCCCUGUAUUCACCUGUGAAGGUUUGUUGGCUGUAGUGAUGUCAACGGUGAGGCAUUUGCAAUUUUAAUAUUAUAAUAAAAUUCUAAUAUAAGAGUACA